ACGCGGAGAUGACUUUGACUCAGUCUCCGUCCGUAUCGGCGUCUCCGGGUAGAACCGUGAAAAUCAUUUGUACCAUGUCAGGGGGUAGCAUCGGCAGCUACUACACGAGCUGGUACAUGCAGAAACCCGGCAGCGCCCCAGUUUUUGUGUGGUAUGGAAGCUCCAGGAGAAGAUCGGGAAUUCCAGAUCGAUUCACCGGUUCCACGGACCCAUCGAGCAACCAAAUGCAUUUAACCAUCACCAACGUGCAAUGGGAGGACGCCGCCGAUUAUUACUGUGGUGUCUGGGGCAACAGCUUAUUCACCUUUGGGAGUGGAAUCAAACUGAAUUUCAACAAUCUGCGAAAACCCGCCGUGUCCGUCCUCCGACCGUAUGCGGAGGAAAUUCUGGGACAGGGCACCGCCACCCUGGUGUGUUUGGUGAGCGGGUUUAAUCCGGCCGCUGUGAAUAUCGAGUGGAUGGUGGACGGCAGUACGAGAAGGAAUGGCGUUGAGACCAGCCGGAUUCAGCAGGACACGGACAACACGUUCAGUGCGAGCAGUUACCUGACUCUGCCAGCCUCAGACUGGAACUCACACGAGCAUUACUCCUGCGUGGUUAAAUACGAGUCUCAGGCAACGCCAUUUCAAACAAACAUCGCGCGAUCCAGCUGUAUGUAAUACAAUAUGUUUAUACGCUGAUUCUUUAAAGUAAAACAAAUGAAUUUCAUGUACAGAUGUUA